GCCCCGCGCGGGGCCCGCGCGCCGCUAGCAGCAUGUCUCGGCGCAAGCAGGCCAAGCCCCAGCAUCUCAAGUCGGACGAGGAGCUGCCGCCGCCGGACGGGGCCCCCGAGCACGCCGCACCCGGGGACGGCGCGCCCGAGGGCGGCGAGGAGCCCAGCGUGUGCGAGCGCUGCUGCGCCGAGUUCUUCCGCCGCGCAGACCUCGCGGAGCACAGGCGCGGCUGCGCCGAGAACCCGCCGGUGCUGAUCGUGGGCGAGGAUGAGCCGGCGCCGCGCGCCCCGGAGUUCCCGGCGCCGUCCCCGGCCAGCUCGGCGGGCGGCGGGACGGACAGCGAGGCCGCCGAGGACGCGGCGCCGGCGGAGGGCGGCGAGGGCCGCGCCCCGGACGCGGGCGAGGAGCCCAUGGAGGCGGAGUCCUGCGCCGACCGCGACUGCCCAGGCCCAGGCCCCGCGCCCACGGGGCAGCCGCCUGUGCCCCGCGGCGCCGACGCGGGCCCCCCUGCCGCCUGGGGCCCGCCGAGCACCAACGUGACGCUCGAGACCCUCCUGGGCACCAAGGUGGCUGUGGCGCAGUUCUCCCAGGGCGCCAGGGCAGCGGGCGGGGCGGCGGGCGGCGGGGCGGUCGCAGUGGCCGUGCCCGCGAUCCUGGAGCAGCUGGUGGCCCUCCAGCAGCAGCAGGUGCACCAGCUGCAGCUCAUCGAGCAGAUCCGCAGCCAGGUGGCCCUGAUGAGCCGCCAGCCCCCGCGCCCGCCGCUGGGCGCAGCCCAGAGCGCCCCGGGGCCGGCCACGCACUCAGCCCUGCAGCCCCCGGCCGGGGCGCCCCCCGGCCCUGCGGCGCAGCCGGCGGCCCACGAGGGACCCCCGCACCUGUCGCAGCCCACGUCCAGAGCCAGCACUCCGCACGUCCCCAGUGGGGGCCCCUCCGUCCCCACCGAGCCCGGGGGGCCGGCGUCCUGCAGCGCGGCCCCAGCCUCGGCCGCCCCGGCCUUGGGGGCCAGCGCCGUCAGUGGCGCCUCGCAGCCGCCCACCGCCCCCACGCCGCCUGCCCUGGGGCCGGGGCCGCUGCUCAGCUCGGCGCCCAGCCUGCCCAACCCGCUUCUACCUCAGACCUCGGCCAGCAGCGUCAUCUUCCCCAACCCGCUGGUCAGCAUCGCGGCCACAGCCAACGCGCUGGACCCCCUGUCGGCCCUCAUGAAGCACCGCAAGGGCAAGCCCCCCAACGUGUCAGUGUUUGAGCCCAAGGCCAGUGCCGAGGACCCGUUCUUCAAGCACAAGUGCAGGUUCUGCGCCAAGGUGUUCGGGAGCGACAGCGCCCUGCAGAUUCACCUGCGCUCGCACACCGGCGAGAGGCCCUUCAAGUGCAACAUCUGCGGGAACCGCUUCUCCACGAAGGGCAACCUCAAGGUGCACUUCCAGAGGCACAAGGAGAAGUACCCCCACAUCCAGAUGAACCCCUACCCCGUCCCAGAGUACCUGGACAAUGUGCCCACCUGCUCCGGGAUUCCCUACGGCAUGUCACUGCCUCCGGAAAAGCCGGUGACCACCUGGCUGGACAGCAAGCCCGUGUUGCCCACGGUGCCUACGUCGGUCGGGCUGCAGCUCCCGCCCACCGUCCCUGGCGUCAGCAGCCACGCCGACUCCCCCAGCCUCACGCCGGCCAGCCGCUCCCCACAGCGGCCCUCGCCCGCCUCCAGCGAGUGUACCUCCUUAUCCCCUGGCCUCAACAGCUCCGAGGCGGGCGCCCCAGGGGCCACCGAGUCCCCGCAGCUGGUGCUCGGUGGGCCUUGUCUGACCAAAACGGAACCUGUGAACCUGCCGUGCACAAAUGCCAGAGCAGGGGACAUCCCGGCCAGCGGGCACUUGACCACUGCGACCACGUCGGCCACCACCACCCUCACGGACAGCAGCACCUCUACAGGCCUCUGCAGCCCAGUCCUCCCGGCCGGCCCCGACCAGUUCAAGGCCAAGUUCCCCUUCGGAGGGCUGCUCGACUCCAUGCAGACGUCAGAGACGUCGAAGCUGCAGCAGCUGGUGGAGAACAUCGACCGGAAGAUGGCGGACCCCAACCAGUGUGUCAUCUGCCACCGCGUGCUCAGCUGCCAGAGCGCCCUCAAGAUGCACUACCGGACGCACACAGGGGAGAGGCCGUUCAAGUGCAAGCUGUGUGGGCGCGCCUUCACCACCAAGGGCAACCUGAAGACGCACUUCGGGGUACACCGCGCCAAGCCGCCGCUGCGCGUGCAGCACUCCUGCCCCAUCUGCCAGCGGAGGUUCACCAACGCCGUGGUCCUGCAGCAGCACAUCCGCAUGCACAUGGGCGGGCACAUCCCCAACACCCCGCCGCCCGACGGCUUCCGGGACGCCGCGGACGCCGAGCUCGCCUACGACGACAGGGCCACCGACGCGCUGAGCGGCUGCGAGGACGACGCGGACGAGCACUCCAUGGAGGAGGACGCCGAGCCCAGGGACCCGGCCAGGCCGCUGCUGCCCCACGGGGGCUCCUGCCCGCCCUCGCCCCCCUCUGUCAUCUCCAGCAUCGCCGCCCUGGAGAACCAGAUGAAGAUGAUGGACUCGGUCAUGAGCUGCCCGCGGCUGGCCGCCCUGCAGCCGGUGGAGAACGGGUCCGGCGACAGCGACCGGCUCAGCAACGACUCCUCGUCGGCUGCGGGCGACCUGGAGAGCCGGAGCGCGGGCAGUCCCGCCCUGUCCUCGUCUUCCUCCUCCACGCAGGCCCCGUCCCCCGUGAACAGCAACAGCGAGAGCUUGUAUUCCAAGUCCCCGGGCCUCGGCCACCAGGAGGAGCCCCAGGAGACCCCAUUAAAGACGGAGAGGCCGGACAGUCCGCCUCCUGCCCCCGAAAACGGAGGCGCGCUGGACCUGACGGCCGCCCCCCUGGGCCGGCCACCCAUCAAGGAGGAGGCCCCCUUCGGCCUGCUGUUCCUGAACCGAGAGCGGGGUAAGUGUCCGAGCACUGUGUGUGGUGUCUGUGCCAAGCCCUUCGCUUGCAGGAGUGCGUUGGAAAUACACCACCGCAGCCACACGAAGGAGCGUCCGUUCAUCUGUGCGGUCUGCAGGCGCGGGUGCUCCACCGCGGGCAAUUUAAAACAGCACUUGCUGACGCACAGAUUGAAAGAGCUGCCUUCUCAGUUGUUUGACCCCGACUUUGCCCUAGGUCCCAGCCAAAGCACCCCUAGCCUGGUCGCCGGCUCCACGCCCACCAUGAUCAAAAUGGAAGUGAACGGGCACAGCAAGGCCGUCGCACUGGGCGAGGGUCCACCACUGCCGGCCACGGGUCAGGUGCCCACUGGGCCUCCGGCGGUGCUGAGCCCCAGCCUUGCGCCCAUGCUGGCCCCCCCGCCACGCCGGACGCCCAAGCAACACAACUGCCAGUCAUGCGGGAAGACCUUCUCCUCGGCCAGCGCCCUGCAGAUCCACGAACGCACGCACACCGGGGAGAAGCCGUUCGGCUGCACCAUCUGUGGCAGAGCGUUCACCACCAAGGGCAACCUCAAGGUGCACAUGGGCACACACAUGUGGAACAAUGCCCCCGCCCGGCGAGGCCGCCGCCUGUCAGUAGAGAACCCCAUGGCCCUGCUGGGUGGUGACGCCCUGAAGUUCUCAGAAAUGUUCCAGAAGGAUCUGGCAGCACGAACAAUGAACGUGGACCCCAGCUUUUGGAACCAGUACGCUGCGGCUCUCACCAACGGUCUCGCCAUGAAGAACAACGAGAUCUCCGUCAUCCAGAAUGGAGGUGUCCCCCAGCUCCCUGUAAGUCUCGGCGGAAGCGCCAUCCCCCCGCUGGGCUCCCUGGCUGCCGGGAUGGACAAAGCGCGCACCAGCAGCAGCCCGCCCACUGUGGGCUUGGACAAAGCAAGCUCUGACACAGGCACCAGCCGCCCGUUCACCAGGUUCAUUGAGGAUAACACGGAGAUUGGGAUUAACUAGCGGCGCGCCCCUUGCCCGGCUCUCCCUGCAGCCUUACCUCCGGUGGGGCACGCAUUAACUUUGGCUGCUGAAAGGGUGCCUGAGCGCCGUGUGGUGCCCGCCACGGGGGCCGGACUGCUCGCCAGCUCUGCAGCCUCUUAAAUGACUUGAAGUCUGACAAGUCCUAGAAAUCGUAUUGGGAACAGCAGGGCUCAGACCACAUCCACUCUGUUUCUCCUGAAACCAAAUUCUCCAAGGCACAGGGGGUCGGUCCCCUGCGGUGUUUCAGUGAGACCCGAUUGUGGUUUUGUUUGAAUUAGUUAGACUUGAACGGUCUUUAGAACUCUUAACUUAAAAAGACGUGGUCUAGUACUCCCAACGCUGAGUCUUACGCCAGUACCUUUGUCUGUAGUAUUUAUAAUGUUAAGAUUAUGCGGGUAACAGAUAAUAUAGCCCCAACUUGGAAGGAAGCUUUUGUACUGCAGGAUCAUCUGGCUAUGCGAUUUUUUUUUUUUAAGCAAGAUUUGAUUUACUAUAAAUAAGUGGGUUAUUUCAGUGCAGGCAAACUGUGAAGUUCUCUUGGGAAAGAUAGCAUGCUUUUGUGUGCAAGUACCUGUCAGUAACAAGACUUUUUUUUUUAUUUUAAUUUAAAUGUUUGUAGCUGCUAUGUGGACAAUUGUUCGUAGUGCGGUCUGUAGCCCAGCGAUGGGGAAGAAGUUACAGGCAAACAUCACCGUAAAUUACUCACAUUAUAAACAGUUGUGAGUAAAUACUCCACGUUAUCAAAGCUGUACAAUAAAAAGGUAAUGUUUGUAUAAUGUGGUUGCAAACUUAAUUUAUACUAUUGCACUUUUAGUAUUUUGUAUUAGGUUUGUCUAUAAUUUGAAAAUUUUAAAAUAUGUAAAGUAUUUUAUAAAUAGUACUUUGGUUUAUGGAAAAUGAUAAAGAAAACUGUUACAGUUUCUUGUUUUGUCUCAAGGUCAGACGAUAUGAGAAACCUAUGCUACUUACACAGAAAAGCCACUCAUCAGCUCCUCUAUAAAGCAGGGCCUGCCAUUUCUUAAAAUGAUUUAUUUAACUUUUCUACAAAGCCCAUUUAAAAACUUGACCCCUGAUGGAACUCUAAUGAUUGAAUUCCUCUUAGGAUGGUGCCACCGGCACAAGCCAGGGGCUGAGAACACUAGGUAUAACCUUACUGUACUCUUCUCUCUCCCGUGCCCGCAAACAAGGUCCAGACUGCCUGCGAGCAGUGGUGGUCGCGUCCAAUAAACUGGAGAGAAAUGUCGGGUGUCUGGCAGUUAAUCCGUCAUAACUGGGAACUUUUCUGCGUUCCUGAUUUAUUUAUUCUCAGAUGAAAACCAAGCACAAUGUUGUCUGAUUAUUCAAAAUACAGUCUUAAGCAGGUGACUAUGUGUACCUGCUUUGAGUGAGGAGAGGGGCCAGGCGCCGGGCAGGGCCGAGGGGGGUGCUACACAGGCAGCGCUGUGUGUUCUACCUCAUUUUGUGCGUUGCGAGCAUGCUGCAGUCCGGAACGAUGAACCUCCUGCAAGAACAUUGUUCUGGAGAUGCCCCGGGUGGCUGGGUGAGUGUGUAAGGAGCGUGUGCCCCUGAAGAAGCAAUCAGACAGUGGCAUCUUCUCAGUUCAAACAGAAUAAAAAUAGGACAAUCUUUCCAACACGGCCACAGCAACACCAAAACCACAUCGUGUCAUUGAAGAAAACAAUUCUCCCGACUCCGAAAUGGGCAGACUUAGUUGUUCAUCUGUAGGGAUGAACGUUGAGCUGCACAGCUCUGCGCCGUUCUCCACGGUGAUGGGAUGCGGUGCCAUCCCUUCCCAUGGAAUGAGCCGGGGGGGUCUCAGCAUCGGGGAGAGAAAGCCGAGGUUGCUGUUGCUGGGUUUCAGCAGUUGAAUGUUUUAUUAUUUAUCUGUGUCCUUCCUGGUGUGAUGUGGUUUUUUUUUGUUUUUUUUUUUGGUAUUUGGUACCAUGUGGUGUUUUCUCCCAAAAGGAUGUGUAUAUAACUAAAAAAAAAAGAAAUGUAAAAUGCUGUAAAUAAGAUGGCUCAUGAAGGGACAGUGAGACUGACCCCUAAGCUGUAUUCGGGGCUGGCCAUCCCUCCUGCAUGGUGAAGAGAGACACUAUUUUUCUAUUGCAGUACCAUGUAGGGCCAGGGGCCUCCCUGAACCAGUUGGGCAUUGUUACCUAGAUCCAAUAUUUUUAUGAUGAAAUCUGUGGCUCGACAUAUCUGCUGAUGGAAAUGGAUGUCGUAGUGUAGGUCACUAUUUUUGUCACAUGGAAUUGAAUAAAAUGCAGGAUGUGAAAUAUUAUUUCUGAAUUGCGUUCCUGAUUAUUCAAAUGGAAGCAGUGGAAUAUGAGCUUAUGGUAAUUUGUGGUGU